GUCCCACUCUGUGGAAUCGCAUGUACUCAAAACCACACACAAAAGCACACACACACACACACACACAGGGAGAAGAGGGGAAAAGAGAGAGAAAAAGAAAGAAGGGAAUCACGACGGAGGGGAUAAUGGAUCACUUGUUCAACAUGGAAAUCAGCAGGUGUGUCAGUGUGCCAGUGGUGCAGGAUCCACAGGUAUAGGGGCAGACCAUUGGCUCGCUGGAUUCAAGGCAUCAUCAUCCAGGAGUUUCCUCUUCUCCGAGCAUUUAGGAUGCAGUGGACAGACUCAGCUCCAGUGGCCACGGAAUGACCAUUUUUGAGGACAUAAUCAUGCAUGGUCGUUUCACAAAAAAAUAACCAUACUUAACCAUACAGCUGCUUGAAAGCUCGCUUUUCUACAAAUGGCAAAAGAGAAACCCAGUAUCGCUUCACAGACUUCAGAUAUCUCCUGGGAGGUUCGUGCGAAUGCUGGUCAGUUCCAUCGCAAGCUGCAGAGAAAGUCAUUCUCCUUCUUCCGCUGGGGGCGAUACGCGGACAACACCAUCCGCAGCCACAAAUACACACCACUGAACUUCCUGCCCUACACGCUUUAUGAACAAUUUCAGCGCUUUGCCAAUUUCUACUUCCUCCUAAUCGUGGUGAUGCAGUGUGUGCCUGUCAUCUCCACAAUCCCAUGGUACACCACUGUCUUCCCUCUGCUGAUAGUACUGGCUGUACGAGCACUUAAAGAUCUCAUCUCUGAUAUGGGCCGUCGCCGUAGCGACAAACAGAUCAACAGCAGGGCCUGUGACAUUCUGACCUCUGGAAGCUUUCAGACAGCGCAAUGGAGGAAUGUGUGUGUUGGAGACAUACUGAGGAUACACAAAGAUCAGAUCAUACCAGCAGAUGUUCUGCUUUUGUGCAGCACGGAGCCGCACAGUCUAUGCUACGUGGAAACUGCUGACAUAGAUGGUGAGACCAAUCUGAAGUUCCGCCAAGCCCUGGCCGCGACCCACAAUACAUUGCUCCACGACUCGCUGGAGCAGACCCUCUCAAAUUUCAACGGCGUUGUGUUUUGCGAGGAGCCCAACGGUAACCUGUACUCGUUCCGAGGGGAGCUGCGAUGGCAGGGCCAGACCCACCGCCUGGACACAGAGCACAUUCUUCUCAGAGGCACCGCGCUACGCAACACCGACCUCGCAUACGGCCUGACCAUAUAUGCAGGUGCAGACACGAAGAUCAUGAAAAACAUUGGCAAGGUGAUCGUCAAGACGACCAAGGUGGAGAAGAUCCUGAACAGGGUCAUUCUCGGGAUUAUGCUGUUUGUGCUGCUGGUGGAUCUGCUGUUGGCUGUGGGCUCUGGUGUGUUUGAGUACCAGGUGUCUCCUCGUGUGGAGGUGCUGGAGGCCCUAGGGGGAGACUCCAGCCCUGCGUACCGAGCCUUCCUCACCUUCUGGGGCUACGUCAUCCUGCUCAGCCCUGCCAUCCCCAUGUCCCUCUACAUCACGUUUGAAGUGAUGAAGGUGAUCCAGUGCUUCUUCAUCAACUGGGACCUGCAGAUGUACCACGAGGAGAGCGACCGGCCGGCCCACGCGCGCAACACCUCCCUCAAUGAGGAGCUGGGCCAGGUGGGACACCUGCUGAGCGACAAGACCGGCACACUCACCCAGAACCGCCUGCUCUUCCGCCAGUGCUGCAUCGCUGGGGACGUCUACGGGGAUCUACCAGCAAAUUCACAAAGUGAAAAGGUUCAGCCCCUGGACCUGAGCUGGAACCGGUUCUCCUGUGGGGGGCUGCAGUUCUGGGACCAGCGGCUGGUGGACCGGCUGGUGAAGGAGCGCUGUCCCCAGAGCAGGGAGUUCUUCACAGCCCUGGCACUAUGCCAUACUGUCAUGACAGAGUGGAAGGAAGGGGCGCCUCACUACCAGGCCGCGUCCCCGGACGAGGAGGCCUUGGUGGGGGCGGCGCGGGAGCUUGGCUGGGUCUUCCUGUCGCGGACGCGGGACUCCCUGACGGUCAGCCAGCUGGGACACACCUGCCAGUACCAGCUGCUGACGCUGGUGGACUUCACUAGCGACAGGAGACGCAUGUCCGUACUGGUGAGAGAACCAGGAGGGGACCUAAAGCUUUACUGUAAGGGGGCUGACACCGUCAUUCUGGAGAGACUGCGGAAAGAUUGCCCACACAGGGAGAGCAGCGAGAGAGCACUGGAUCUAUUUGCGCAGGGCUGUUUGCGGACGCUGUGCGUGGCGGUGCGCAGUGUGUCGGAGGCCCAGUGGGGCCAGUGGAGUCAGGUUUUGGAGGAGUGCCAGGCGGCCGAGGGGGCGGGAAGAGAAGCCCGACUGGAGGAGCUCCACGACAGCAUGGAGCAGCAGCUGACGCUGCUGGGAGUGACGGCCAUAGAGGACCGUCUCCAGGAUGGAGUCCCAGAGACCAUCGCCACCCUCAGGCAGGCUGGCAUCAAGGUCUGGGUGCUGACCGGGGACAAAACAGAGACGGCGGUGAACGUGGGCUACGCCUGCCGCCUAAUGGAUCCUGACACCAGCCUGCUGCAAGGAGAGCAACUCAGGCAGCUUCUACAGUCUUCUGACCCAGAUGUUGCAGUUCGUCAGAAGAAAAAAUCUGAAAUAUGGUCUACGAAGACAGACAAAAGCAUGUUGGCGGACAACUCCACUAUAGUCAUCAAUGGACUGGAGCUGGCGGAGCUGCUGGCCGUGCCAGAGUCGGGCUCCAGGUUUGUGGCGCUGGCCAAUCAGUGCGCGUCGGUGCUGUGUUGCCGGGUGACCCCGGGGCAGAAGGCCCAGGUGGUGCAGCUGGUGAGGAGACACACCUCCUCCGUCACGCUCUCCAUCGGGGACGGGGCCAACGACGUCAACAUGAUCAAGACGUCUCAUGUGGGCGUGGGGCUGUACGGCGUGGAGGGCAGCCAGGCGGUGCAGAAUGCCGACUACGCCCUGGGCCAGUUCCGCUUCCUGGGCCGCCUGCUGCUGGUGCACGGCCACUGGUCCAGCCAGCGCAUCUGCCUCUUCCUGCGCGUCUUCCUCUUCAAGACCACCUCCUUCGCCCUCGUGCACGUCUGGUACAGCUUCUUCAGCGGCUUCAGCUCACAGCGGGUAUAUGAGAGCUGGUUUAUUUCUCUGUAUACCGUCAUGUACACCUCCAUACCUGUGCAGUGCCUGGCUGUCUUUGAGCAGGACGUGAGCGCGGAGGGGUGCGUGCGCUGGCCAGAGAUGUACCAGAAGGGCCGCCGGAUGGAGCACUUUGGCCCGCGGGCCCUGGGGGCCACCCUGCUCUACUCCCUCUACGCCUCCCUGGUGCUCUGCCUCCUGCCCCUGGGCGUCUUCCAGAGCCUCGCCCUCGACUACCAGACCCUGGCCGUCACCAUAGGCAUGGCAGCAGUGUUCACGGCAACCGCUGAGGUAGCCAUUAAAACAAAGUACUGGACCAAGUACAAUGUAGUAGCCCUGAGCCUCAGUCUCCUCUUGUAUUUCGUGUCCACGCUCAUCUUGCACAGUCCUCGUCUGCACUCCAGAGCUCCCAAUGACUACAUAUUUCCGGGAGCGUCAAUAAAUGCCUUUAGAGAGCCGGUGGUGUGGCUUACUGUUCUAUUGACCACCUGUGCCGCCCUCCUCCCAUCAAUGCUGAUGCGGGCCCUGGACGUGGUGCUGUCACGCUCCAACACACACCGGGUCCGUAGCCAGAGGGACUCUGAGCUGACCAGGCCCGAUAGCAAGAGGGCUCCGUUCCAGCGCGGAGCCGUCCAGCGGCGCUCCUCCUACGCCGUGUCCCAGGGUAAAGGCUUUGGCCGCCUCAUCACCUCUGGAGCUGGACUCCGGAGCACCAGUGGUGAGGGCCCCCGCCAGCCAACCCCACAUCCAGCAGGGGCAGAGACCGUCAACGAACACCAGCAGCACCAGCAGUACCUCCCGGGCCAUGCCAAUGGGGACACUGUUGCUGCUGACCAGUCAUGAAGAAUAUGUUACUUGUGUUUCUGAGAGGGCAGCUGUCAAUCCAUGGAAUUUUUAGAUAUUGUUUUGGGUUGUAAUGCCUUGAUUUAGAUAGGACAGUAUGAGAG